AUGGAUGAUAGCAAGGUGCGGCGGAUGCCUGAUCCUAGGAUCGGCGCUGGGGCAGUACUGCGCACACCUUCCAAGGGCGAUUCCGAGACUGCGCGGAAAGGCUGCUCUCAGCGCAACUCGGGUGACUACGAGUGUUACUGUACGAAGACGAGCAAGAGCCGCAUGGAUGGACAGCCCGUUCUUGGCCACAGCAUAUUGAUGCACGCGUCGCUCCCAGGCACGUCCCUGGCUCUUGUGCUCUUCCGCGACAUGUCUCGCAAACGUACUCGGGCCCAAGCAUUCGCAGAAAGUGUGCUCACGGAGGAGCUCUCUAGCCCAGCAGAACACGAGCCAAUGGAGGAGACGGAGGAGCAGAAGGCGGCGAGAAGGGAGAAGGAGCUUGAAAUAUGGGAAGCGGUCAAAGAGGAAUACUACGAGGUUGUCGAUCAGCUACCUACCUCGUUGGAGCGAUACUUUCGUCUCAUCCAGCAACUUGAUAAACAAUCUGUAGAACACACUGCUGAGAUUCUGCCCACCCUGCAAAGUUAUGCCUCUCUCAGGCGGUCGUUGAUACCACGCGCGACUUCAGACAAUACGGACGAUGUCAUCCAUGGACAAGCACUAUCAGAGGCUCAAGGCAAAACAGACGUACCUGAUAUAUCUUCGUCUGGUGAUGAUGAGCAGAAGGACGCCAUGCACGAGGGAGUAGAAAUACCUCGGGAUACAGCCAAGGCCUCAGUUACGCCACCGCCGUCGGCCAGGACAGCCAGAGCAACGCCUUCAGUCGGAUCCAACGACAGUCGAGGACUUAUCUCGCACCUUGGAUAUAUUUUGGAAGAGAAUGUGCGAGUGUCCGAGGAAAAAGUUAACCUUGCCAAUGCCGCAUAUGAAUCCGUUGAAAGGCAGAUCCGCUUUCUUGACCAGGCUAUCAAAGAACAGGAGACGUCUCUCACUCUCGGGCUCCGUCCAGGCACCCAUCCGACCUCUAUUGUAUUGCCGGACGUUCCAGUCGCACGAAGAGGACAAAGAGCGAACCACCCUAACAUCGAUUCCAACAACGUGGUCUUGGAUUCGACUAGCUUAGCUGAACGAGGACGACCGUCCAGAAAAGGCGGUCAUAGGGGCAACAAGAAGUCCCGCGACACGUCACCACCCGCAUCUCCGUUGAAGGUCACCAUCCCCGCCGUAAAUCAAACGUCAAACAAUAUCGAUCUGGAACCUCGUUACUGCCUCUGUCAUCAAGUUUCGUACGGGCAGAUGAUUGGAUGUGACAACCCUAGUUGUCCAUAUGAAUGGUUCCAUUACGACUGCGUCAACGUCACUGCACCCCCGAAAAACAAUGCUAAGUGGUAUUGUCCUGUAUGUAGGGACUCCAAAAAGGGUCAAAACAAACGCUCCGGCAAAUCAAGGUGA